AUGGACCCCCUGUACAGCCUCCAAGAUCUUGCACGCUGCAUCCUUUGUGAAACGUCUGAGACCACCAUGUACUGUAAAAUUUGUCAUAUACAUUUGUGUAAAGACUGUGUAGAGAAACAUUCAUCCGAUUCUUCCAAAGUUCAUAAGGUGGUGCCAUUUAAACAAUAUUUAACCACUCUGGACUAUCCAAAGUGUAAGAAACACCCCAUUAAACGAUGUAAACUCCACUGUGAACAAUGUGACAUUCCUAUUUGUGUACAAUGUGUUUCUUCUGAAAAACAUUUUUGGCAUAAACAAAUUGAGAUUUUGAAAAAAAUAGAAAGCAAGAAAAAAGAUCUACAGAGAGAAUUGCAAGAAUUAGAAAAAAUCAUUUAUCCUAUAUAUAAAGAAAUUGCAUCUAAUAUCCCAGUGCAGAAGGCUGAUCUGAGUAAAAACUCCCGGAAAUUGACAACAGCAAUUGACAAACAAGGAGAAGUCUGGCACAGAGAAAUAGACACCAUUAUCACAAACCUGAAAUAUAACGCGGAGUAUAUGGAAUCCAAACAUCUUGUCGUCCUGAAUAAACAGGAAGAUGAAAUCACACGCACCAUUUUUGAAAUCACACAGAACAUUGCUGAACUGAAGAAGAUGCUAAACUCCAAAGAUGUGUGCCUUGUCUCUGAAUACAAAUCCAGGAACACUAAAUUCAGAAGACUGCCUCCUAAACUCAAAGUGUCCUUACCAAACUUUCAGCCUAAAAAAAUCAUCACAAAUCAGCUUACUGAACUUUUUGGUUCUCUGUCAGCAUUAUCUUUUACAGCAGAGGAACAAGACUACAGCAUGCCUCCCAAAGAAAACGAGUCCGCUCCUUCAGAUUGGUCAUUUAUGAAUGAACCCAAGGUCAUCACAGCUAUAGACACAUUGUAUGACAAUCUUUACGAUGUGACGUAUCUAAAUGAUACAGAGAUCUGGACGCGUGGUAGUGACAAUAUGAUGAAACUCUACAAACUCUGUGGGGAGCAAGUGAAAUCCAUCAAAACUAAGUCAUGGAACGUACCACGAGAUAUAGCAGUUACGAGGAGUGGGGAUCUCGUUUAUACUGAUAAGAAUGAUAGAACUGUGAAUAUAGUGAAGAACACACAUAUACAAACAGUGAUCACACUACAGCGAUGGAGACCUCGCAGUGUCUGUUUUACCUCCUCUGGGGAAUUCCUGGUUGUCAUGGACAGUGAUAAUAAUGUACAAACAAAAGUUGUGCGUUACUCUGGCUCCAAAGAGAAACAAAGUAUUCAGUUUGAUGACAAAAGAAAAGCCCUCUAUUCGUCUGGUGGAUUAUUUAAUACUAAAUUCAUCAGUGAAAACAGAAACCUAGAUAUCUGUGUAUCAGACUGGGGAGCCAGUGCAGUAGUGGUGGUUAGUAAGGCCGGAAAACUCAUGUUUACCUACACUGGUCCUCCCUCUACAACCAAGAAAUCAUUUGGUCCACUCGGCAUCACAACAGAUAGCCAGGGUCGGAUCCUGACAACAGACUAUUGGAACAACUGUAUCCAUAUCCUGGGUCAGGAGGGACAGUUUCUCCGCUUCAUUGACAACUGUGAUUUAGUCGAGCCCUGUGGUUUAUGUGUGGACUCCAGAGACAACCUUUUUGUGGCUGAGUACAACACAGGUAAAAUAAAGAAAAUACGAUAUUACAUGUAAAGAAACAAACUAUUUUUAUUACAACCUGUGUCUUUAUUACAAUACAUAAUUAAUUUUUAUGUACAGACGAUGAAUAUGUAUGCAUAAUAUAUAAAAGCCAAUUGCAUGUUUAUUGUAGAAAUUCCCUUUCUCUCUCUC